AGAUGAUGGUAGCAUGGCCACGUUGCGUGCUAAAGCUCCACCAUUGGUAUACACUGCACAACACUUUCUCAAAGACUCUGUUUGGUUUCUAUCAAAAUUUGCAAUGGAAACGCACUCUGGCGGAACAGAGAGCAGUUACAAAGAUGCAAGCGAUUCCGCUGCAAAGAAGAACUUCGCUGAUGGAAUAGUUCCUCAGAUUCUGCGUCUCUAUGGAUCCACUGCAACGUCUCGCGAUUUUGAAAUCUAUGCUCCACAUGCUUCCUUUGAGGAUCCACUCAUGUGUGCUCGUGGGGUGAAGCAGAUCAAAUCAGCAUUCUAUACUCUUCCCAAGCUAUUUAGUGAGUCAAAGAUUGUGGAAUACACUGUUGAAGAAAAUAUGGCUUCAUCAGGAAAAGGAGAGAUAUUAAUUGACAAUAAGCAAUACUAUAAAUUCUUGGGAAAGGACAUAGAUAUGGUAUCACUAAUCAAGUUGCAAAUUGAGGAGGGUAAAGUCGUUCGCCAUGAGGACUGGUGGGACAAAAAACCAAUUUCGAAUAGAGAAACCACAAAGCUGCCAUUGCUUGGCAGAAUUGCAGAAAUGACACGCAGGGGAUCAAUGCUUGCAACCCACGUGCUUAUGAGGUUUGGGAAGGACCCAACUGAGUGAAUAAAAGAGUUCAUUGAAAAUACUUUGAUCUUUAUUAUGCAUAGGCCUGUAUAUGAGACUUGAUAUUGUUACUUGACAUUCCAUCUAGUAAGGUAAUAUCUCCAAUUAUUACUCAUUCUUGUGGCUUUGAUGAAUAUUAGAACGCUGAACUUUGUAUGGAACAUAAUUUGUACGUUGUUAUGUAUUUUUCGAUAUACUAGUUUGGCGAUCAGCCGUUUGAAAC